AUGGCCUUCGAAAUGGUUGGAGGCCAGAGUGACGAUGUUCACCAGGCCCCCGUCCAAAUCCCUCCGACUCCGAUGGACAACGACUAUAUGUUCCCCGAUCUACGCCUCAAGCGCAAGAUGACCGAUCCGGAGAAGACGCCGCUUCUGCUGGUCGCUUGUGGCUCCUUUUCGCCCAUUACCUACCUGCACUUGCGCAUGUUUGAGAUGGCCGCCGAUUACGUUAAGUUCAGUACCGAUUUUGAACUUCUUGGCGGUUAUCUGUCCCCCGUCUCGGACUCCUACCGGAAGGCCGGUCUUGCCAGCGCAGAGGACCGUGUCGCAAUGUGUCAACUGGCAGUCGAUCAAACAUCAGACUGGCUGAUGGUUGAUACCUGGGAGCCCACCCAGAAAGCGUACCAGCCGACCGCAGUGGUCCUAGAUCAUUUUUACCACGAGAUUAAUACUGUCCGUGGUGGUGUUGAGGCCGCAGAUGGAACCCGAAAGCCUGUCCGUAUUGCCUUACUGGCAGGUGCCGAUUUGAUUCACACCAUGUCCACCCCGGGUGUAUGGAGUGAGAAAGAUUUGGAUCACAUUCUCGGAAAAUACGGCUCAUUCAUUGUGGAGCGCAGUGGCACCGAUAUUGACGAAGCGCUGGCCAGUUUGCAGCCCUGGAAAGACAACAUAUACGUGAUUCAACAGCUUAUUCAAAACGAUGUUAGCAGCACCAAGAUCCGUCUCUUCUUGAGACGCGAGAUGAGUGUUCGCUAUCUCAUCCCCGUCCCUGUUAUUCAUUAUAUUGAGCAACACCAUCUUUAUGAAGAUGAUGGGACCGCCAAUGAAAAAGGCAAGGAAAGACAGGAAGCUGGAAGGUCAGCGUGA